GGAAAUUUGCACGGUGAAAAAAAGUGAAAUUUUUGUUACUUUCGUGCAUUAUUAUAAAAUGGAACGUUAAGGCAGUCCAGUGUUUUUCUUUUUUCCCUUGAUAUUAAACUGGUCGGGUUGACGGUAUUAACAAUAUUCUCUGGGUAAAAUAUUAAAAUAAAGAAUAAGCAGCACAUUGAAGCCUUUAUAGAAAAGUUCUCAUAGUGGAUACGAUAGCGGUUAGUGAAAGAAGAAAUUGCCAAGUGUCAUCAACAAAUAAAUCAUGUUUAGCGUUUAGGAAAUGGUAGGGAUUCAUUCAACCAAUCAGCCGCAAAGUGAUAACGACCGACUGUGAAUAGACUUGGUUGAGUGUUUACCGUACGUAUUUACUAUUACUGCAACUCGUGCUGCAGUAUAAGUUACCAGUGUGAGCUUGUACGAAUUACAAGACAAGUAUUCUGCCGUGGACGCGACAGUUUGAAACAUAAUAAAGUAUCCAUGUCACGAAUGCUGCGAAGGUUUGUUCGCGACUAACCUCUGACACGGAGUAGACAGUUUUUUAAAAAUGGAUAAAAGGUUGGACUCAUCAAGGUCAAAUUAUCAAGAGGAUGCUUCUGGCCACUCUAAGAAAACCAAGAAACGGUCUAGCAAAAAGAACAGUAUGUUUUGUCCUUGGAUAAACAAUGUUCAGACUAAUCAAAAUAGUGAUACAUUACCUGGUAUGGAAUAUCAGCAAGUGAUGUGGCAAUCAAACAUACAGCAGAAUUUUCAGAGUAACGGACAACGUCUAUUUACAACAGCUUCUGAUCCAAGCAUGUGCGGCUAUGCUCAAAUGCCAAUGACAUAUACUAUGGAACCCGUUUCCUUGCCAACUAUGUAUAGAUUGUAUCAACCGGUACCAUUUUCUGGUAUUAGAACUGUUCAUAAUAGACCCAGACGUCAUUACAAUCAGAAUCAGCCAUUGAAUUUGGGUGUGAAUACUGUGGGAAAUGGAUAUACAAGUUUACAGGAGAAUGGAAUGGAAUCUCCUAUGCCAGUUAACUAUCAGAAUGGAGAUUACACUAGUUUACCACCCACUGCUAAUAAAAAUAAUGGGAUGAACGGAGAUGAAUUGAAUUCAGAGCAUCGUAGGUAUUCUGAUCCUGGUCUUGGGUCUGCUGAAGCACCUGUUCAUACUCAAAGCGAAGAUUCUGAUAGUGUUGAUAGUGGAAGUUCUAUUACAACUAUUGGUCGCAGCAAUAAACUUGUUCUAUCUUUGAUCGAGCAGAUGACAGAAUUAAAGAAGAGCAAUAGUCAAUUAUUCAAAGAAUUAAAUGAAACAAAGUCUGAGUUAGGCACUAUGAAGACAAAGUUCGCGCAAUGUAAAUAUAAUACCUCUUCAGAUUAUCAGCCAGGAAUGUUAGCAGAUCUUAUCAGAGAAAUUAGACAAGCUAAUAAAACCUGUGAAGAAGGAUUAGUUAUUAAAGUGAAGUCCAUCGUGGAGGAAAAGCUGAACCAAAGGUCGUUGGAAGUAACUAACUUAAGCAAUCAAAUUCUGAAACUGAUCGAUGAGAAGGAGGAGAGCGAGAGGCGAAUCGCGAAAUUGGAGGAAGAGGUGGCCACCUUGAAGUUGAACGCAAACAACGAGGGCCGCGAGAUCGCAGCCUUCGAGGAAGAGACGCUGGCGCUGCGACGUGAGCUGCAGGAGGCGCGGGCGUCGAAGACCCUGGCUGAGACCCACGCGGCAAAGUGCGUAAAUGCAAGACCCGUCACGCCUGUAUCGUUCGAAACGCCCUACGUAACCAGCACCCCCGUGCGUACCGCUCUCUCAGACACCUGUAGCCUGAUCCCGUCGGUACCCUCGUUCUCACUCCCGAGUCUGAUCCCGUUCAAACGCAACCGGACCGCCGCGGAUCUGGCGCAGCACCACGUGGCCGACAAGUCGAGUCAUUACCGUACCGCUGACGGCAGUCCGAUGUCGGAUACCUGGACCAUGGAAGACAACCGGGCGCUAAUCACGAACACGCAGCCAGCUUUAGCUAUCGGGGACGCGGAUGAGGACAGCACCUUAGAGGACACCUCCAGCCUGCCCUCCACGGACACACCUCUAGAAAAGAAGGAAGAGUUAGCGCAGAAGCUGGCAGCGGCUCCUAGUGAGGCUAGAAACAACGAAGACAAAGAGGUCACCGUUGAACGAGCGAAAGAGGACAUGGCUAAAAUUGCUAAAGACGAGGAAGAUAAGGCGGCCUCUGUUCAGAGUGUCGCAGACGCUGACGAUGGGAUCGCGUCUAGCGUAUCCGAGAGGAAAGAGGCUAAAGGUUCGAGGAACGAGGCGGGUAAGGACGAAGGGAUCGUUCAGCGGAGCCAGAGGGGUAGCUCGAAGAAGUCGAGGAAGAAGAAGGGUAUGAGUAAGAAGUCGUUCAGCGAGGCGGACAGGACGUCUAGCGAGGGUGUCUGCCACCCGGUGAAAGACCGCAGAACGGUGAGCGAGGACGACAACGAUCACGCGAGCCGAGCCAUCACCGAGAUCCCGGAAGUGACCGUAGUCGGUGGUGGCUCCUUCGUGCCGAAAGAUCUCUGCUCGACGGGAAUCCUGACCUCCAGAGUCCUGACAGCACCUUCACGCGCUACCUACACCACUGCCUACAUUUAGGCUACGUACGCGCGGGGCCCCGGACGCGAAACGCCGCGCGCCACUUCGUCGCCGUGCCGCAAUACUCGGGGGGCUUCAAGGGCUUGCUAGAGGCUACUACAUGUACAUGUCGAAUAGCACGUAGGUCUAUCGUUCUGGUUCGAUCCUCGUUGGAACACUUCCCCCUCCUAUCACUCUCCACGCACGCUUGGCCCUCGGCUUGGUCCACUCCCGUGAUACUUUCCGCGAACCGAUCGAAAUGAACUUCGACCGUUUUCUGACAAGCAAAUUUUGCGGACCGAACUUUGGAUAUUUUUGUAGAUUCUUAGUGGAAAGAUAGGGGUGGACGUCUCGUGGAUGUACCGCGGACGUUUGUACAGAUUCGUUUGUAAAUUUGGGAACCGAUUUGUAGAGGGUUGUUAUUUUUAUAUUCGAUAUCCGCGUUUAAGGCAUUUCUAUUCUACUCGAGUUCAGCCGGUAGAGAGGUAAUAUCCGCACUCUAAUUGUAAAUAAUUGAUAGAAUAAAUGUUUCAGAGGACAGUAUUCUCUAGGUUUUAUGUAUUAGAUUGUUGAUAAUGUGAAUCUCAGUGUCGAUCAAGCCCUGGACCAUCCCCUAAAUCAUUCUCCUUUAUCAAUACGCUUCUAUCACGCGUAAGGAACAGAAGAAGAGUCUCGAUUUCCACAGAAUCUCCGUCCAAGAAUCUUUAUGCAAAGCCGCACGCACUGUCUUUAUUCUUUACGAUCAGUUUCAAGACUCUUCUUCUAGUUGAACUUCUAGUUGUGCAUUCUGAUAGUCUCAGGCGGAACGCGAGAAGCUGUAUAUUCCAAAGAAACGAGUUUUUACCAAAUAAUGGCAAUUUGCUGCCACUUUAAUGCGUCGACUGCGAUAUUAGUGGAAAACCUUAAAAAUUCAAUAUUAUUAAUAAAACUCACAGUUUCUGCUCCAGUGAAUACUAACAUCGUAGUCAUCGCGUUAAUGAAUGUCUUGCUUCCAAAUUCCAAUCGACGAACAUACGAUGAUCUUUUUAAUCUCGCUGCUUCCCGGGUUCCGGCUCGGAAAUUGUAAUUAUAUAUAAUCGUAGCGGUGUGUUAUGUUGUGCGCGAGAACAUGCGUGUGUGUGAGUAUAUGUGUGUGUGUGUGUGUGAAUGUGUAAAUUUGUGUAAUGUAAAUUAAGUCCCUGUCUAUUGUUCAGCAUGGCUUCGCAGCUUGUCUAGCAUGCGUUCAGCUCACGUGUUUCCUUUUGUGUCAAAGCCACGCUCGUUUCUAGCACCAAUGUUGCGUAACCGUGUGCCUCUGUUUCUCGUUUAAUUUCGUAGCCGUGCUCGUGCCGGGGACGAGUCGUUGAACUUUUUCGACUCGGCUCGAUCGUUCCAAUCACAUCCCGUCGACACGACGAACGUGCGGAGGCGAUUCUUUCUUUUUGUAAUAUAGUCCAGGCCGUCUCUCUUUUUAUUCUCGCGUGUACCACACUUUUGUGGCCCUGUUCUUUUUUCUUUUUUCUUCGGUCUUUAAAACAUUCCUCCGACGAUCGAUGCAACGAUCGAACGAGGGUCGCCCUUUCACCGCGAACAUUAUCUUUUCGUCCCCUCCCGUUAGGGUAUAUACGAAUUGACAAUCGAAACACGAAACGACUGACGAUCAUUUUUUGUCGAGAACGCACCAGUAUUGCAAACAAGAAGAAAAACAAAACGAUACGCUUUUUGUAGGUGUAAGAGAACGAUUGGAGGCGCAGCGUUUCGUUUUUCGCCGACGAUCUCCGGGACGCGCCAUUUUGAUAAUUUCGUCGACGGUGGACCGAUUCCCGCGUCUCGGUGCGUGGAAAAUCAUUUUUGAACGACCACCAUCCAAGUUUUUCGUCUCACCGAGUUCACGUAUUUUUCUUGUAGAUCGUCGGGGAUAGAAGCGUUCGAUGCGAACCGUCGCCGAUUGGUGUUGCACUUUCUCGUUGCGAAUGCGAUACAAAUCGUCGUGUGUAUGAUCGGCACGUGAACGAGAGUUUUUAUAUGUCGCAGUUUAAUAAACGGACCAGACUUGUUUGUAUCAGUACCGUGUUCUGUGGCCGCUGCGACACGACCGAAUCGCCACGGUACGGCUCGGAUUACCGUCCACAGAGAAAUCUUUGUUACAUUUCUUCAGUUUCCAGAAUUAUAGAAAUGACUACAUCAGUUUCGUGGAACACACGCAAAGAUGAAAGUAUUCGAUGUAUCUUUUUAAGUCACCCUCAGUAUUAUCGCCGUAUCCGAAUUUCACGCGUCCAAUUGCAACAAUGGAAAAUAUUAAAUUUCCAUAUUAUCUCUGAAACGACGAAUUCACUAAAGAAUAGAUUAAAUAUCUCACUCAAUUCCUAUCGAUGUAAUCGUGAAGAUGCGAAUUUGCGACUCUAUAUAUCUAUAUAUAUAUACAUAUAUAUAUUAAUGUCCAACGAACAAAAGAUUCCCAUUUAAACGUAACUUUCUUCUACAAAAUAGUAAAGAAAUGUUAAAAAGGAAAACAAGACUAAUUACCGAUCCGGACCGUACCGUUUUCUAUAUUCCUCACGCCAUCGCGUGCGAUCGCAGACCGAACGAGCAUCCGAAGAAAGCUCGAAUUUUAACGAAAGAUCGUUGGAGGAUACGUUCGAUUCGAUCCCGUCGCGUCGUUCUGGGCGAAUAUCUAUGGAGCUAUCCUUGGACGGAUUCCGCACACACCCCAGUCCACUGAAGAACCCCUGUCCAACAAACCAACCCCCUUACACCGCACGAAAUGGUCCCCGCCUGUAUAUUUGGGUCAUGGAAAAACCGAAACCGCCGCUGGGAUUAGGUGUUCUCUCUUGUU